AUUUCAACACUGCACCAAUCACAACGCCACAAUCAACCACUGAAUUAGAACAAUUGAAAUCAAACUCCAAUCACUGGCGAGGAACACAGAAGACAACCUAAUCCUCACCGUACGCAAUAAAACCCUUACUGUAUAUUUCGUACACCUCUCACUUCCAUUUCGUUGUUGGUUCAUUCCUCCGGUUACUCUUCGUUUCUUUCCGCAUCGAUUCUCAGUUGUCGAGAUGGGUACCAAAUUUGGAGCCAAUUUGAUUGCACUUCUGGUGUUCUUUCUUUUGUCCCAAACAAGCUUUUCUGCAUCCGAUAAUCGAUUGAUUAGAGUUGGACUGAAGAAGAGGAAGCUGGACCAAAUAAAGAGGCUCGGUGAAGAAGGAUUCUCUGGUGCUUCUGAAAGAAACUAUCGUCUCCGUGGGAAUUUCGAGGACUCUGACACUGAUAUUAUUUCGCUAAAGAACUACAUGAAUGCCCAGUACUUUGGAGAGAUUGGCAUUGGCACUCCAUCUCAAAAAUUCACUGUCAUAUUUGACACCGGAAGUUCUAAUCUUUGGGUGCCCUCUGCAAAGUGUUAUUUCUCUGUUGCUUGCUAUUUACAUUCCAAGUAUAAGUCAAGCUACUCAAGCACCUAUAAGAAAAAUGGGAAAUCUGCUGAAAUUCAUUAUGGAACCGGAGCUAUUGCAGGUUUCUUUAGCCAGGACCAUGUGAAAAUGGGUGAUCUUGUUGUAAAGGAUCAGGAUUUUAUUGAGGCAACUAGAGAGCCUGGCAUCACAUUCUUGGCUGCCAAGUUUGAUGGUAUACUUGGACUUGGUUUUCAAGAGAUAUCAGUUGGGAAUGCUGUCCCUGUCUGGUACAAUAUGGUCGAUCAAGGUCUUGUUAAUGAACCAGUCUUUUCAUUUUGGUUUAAUCGCAAUUCUGGUGAGAAUGAAGGGGGUGAAAUUGUUUUUGGUGGGGUUGAUUCUAAUCAUUUCAAGGGUGAGCAUACUUAUGUUCCCGUGGUUCAGAAAGGCUAUUGGCAGUUUGAUAUGGGUGAUGUCCUAAUUGAUGGAGAAACAACUGGUUUUUGUGGUGGUGGUUGUUCAGCAAUUGCCGAUUCUGGAACCUCUUUGUUGGCAGGACCUACAACAAUAAUUACUCAAAUUAAUCAUGCCAUUGGAGCCUCUGGGAUUGUAAGCCAGGAAUGCAAAGCAGUGGUUGCUCAAUAUGGGAAAAUGAUACUGGAAAUGCUUUUAGCACAGGCCGAGCCCCAAAAAAUCUGCUCUCAAAUUGGCUUGUGCUAUUCUGAUGGUAGUCAGGAUGUUAGUAUUGGCAUUGAGAGUGUGGUGGACAAGAACAGACACGAGUCAUCUGGUGUUCAUGGUGAGGCUUCGUGUACUGCUUGCCAAAUGAUGGUUAUAUGGAUGCAAAAUCAACUUAAGGGAAAUCAGACACAAGAUAGAAUCUUGAACUACAUCAAUGAGCUCUGUGAUCGACUGCCUAGUCCAAUGGGAGAAUCAGCAGUUGACUGUAGUAGUCUGUCUUCCAUGCCCAUUGUUUCCUUUACUAUUGGUGGUAAAGUUUUCGAUCUCACCCCAGAGCAGUACGUCCUCCAAGUUGGUGACGGACCUGAAACACAAUGUAUUAGUGGAUUUACAGCUCUAGAUGUGACCCCACCUCGCGGACCUCUCUGGAUUCUGGGAGAUGUUUUCAUGGGUCAGUAUCACACGGUGUUUGACUACGGGAAUAUGACAGUUGGAUUUGCUGAAGCAGCUUGAAUGAUUAAUCCUUGUUUAACCUCUGUUUGCCUCUACGGUAAUCUCUACCAGUAGUGAAAAAAACACUUUACACUCACGUGAUUUACUUGACUUGACUUCUGUUUGUUGUAUCUGUCAAUAUUUCGAUCUAUGGAGCUUUGUUAUAUACGUGGAAAAUACAAUGAUAAUUCCGUGAAAGUAUGUUGGUGUUAAUAUUGUGGUUUCAUAAAGGAAGCUUCAACUAUGCAAUCAUAUUUCUAGACAUGUAUGCUAUGGAUCUUUGUAUUUAUUGUGUUAAAUUGUGCU